CUGAGGACCCAGCUCGAAGCGGCGGGGAGUGUACGGUAGCUGGAGUCCCAUCAACUCACCACACUUGUGAACCUGCUGGUGCUGUCGCCUGCGCCGGGGGUGCUGAUUCCUCCUCCCCCUCGUCCUUGAGGAGGAUGCGCUACAACGGGAAGGAGCUGGCCUGGCUGGCUAGGCAGCCUCGCGGCUUCCAGCGAGAGGGGCAGCUACUCGCGGGGAGCGUCCCCCCAGGAAGCCUCAUUCACCGACGGCCAGUCCUCUCGGAACGCUGGGGCCGUCUCAGAGGGAACCUUCUGUUCCUGCUCAAGUCACGUCACAAGGAGUCGGACGCAGAUGAGGUGGUGGUGUUGGAGAGGUGCGUCAUUUGUACGGACAACGACGGGCCGAACUGCGGUCUCACCAUCAGUUUCCCAGGCCCCGGGGUGUCUCUGUACCUGGAGGCCCCCGGCCGCUCGGAGCGCGACGCGUGGAGCCGCGCGCUGGGCCGCGCCAGCGCCGAGGCCCUGGCGGCCCGCGUGGCGGCGCUCCGCGCGGCCAUCUCCGGCCUCCGCGGCCUCGGCCCGCUGGCCCCCGGCGCCCCCAGCACCCCUCAGCCCCCCGGCCCCCGGGAGGGCGGCAACCCGGCGCUGGAGUUGAGCAUCGCUUGCCGGGGGUUGCCGUGCGGGCCAGGGGACAGUCCCCCGAGUCCGUUUGCCCGUGUCUACGCCCAGUGUGCACACGCCCAGACGUGGACGCUCCACUCGCGCACGGAGACCAUCGAGGCACCGCACCGAGCACCCCACCGCACGCCGCACCACGCGCCACACUACACCGCACUACACCGCACCACACCACACGCCACACUACACCGCACUACACCGCACCGCACUACCCCACACGCCACACUACACCGCGCUACACCACACACCACACUACACCGCACUACACCACACGCCGCGACGUGUGCGCCCGAGUUCCUGGCGAGCGCCGCGUUCUUCUGCGCUCCGCGCCCCCUGAGGAUCUGCGUCUCCGUGUGCGACUCCCGCGACCGGAGUGGUCCCGACGGAGUGAAGGUUCUGGGAAAGGUGGAAUGUUCGGUGGAGGAACUUCUGCGUGACGGAGGCAAGAUAAGCCUCCCUUUGAAGUGA